GCGCCCUGAUUCCCCUCCACAAACUCUGCUGCUCCACAGAGAACCUGUAUGAGACGCCGGUCCGGUCCGGUCUGGUUCGGUCCUCCGCAGACUUUGGACACGACGGUUUGACGGUUAGAGCCCCGCUUUCGGGACUACAGCGACUCGCAAGUGGUUCAGGAGCCGAGUCGGUUUGUUUUGGUGUGCUUUCUCGCCGGUUUCGUGGUUGGCGGAGCGGGAGAGAGGCGCUCUGAGGGCGGCGUGUGGCAUGGCAGCUCCCCGGCCUAUUAAAGGCAUCUUAAAAAACAAGAACAGCGGUGCUCGAGUCUGCACCGAACCGCCGCCGGAGAGCACGGAGCCCGUAGGACCCGGAGGAACCGAGGAAGACCAGCAGAAGAAGUCGCAGAAAUGGGACGAAAUGAACAUUCUGGCCACGUAUCACCCUCCAGAUAAGGACUACGGGCUGAUGAAGAUUGACGAGCCGAGCACGCCGUACAAUCGGAUGGUGGGGGACGAGGAGGAUGACGAGGUGCACAGCGACAGUGAGGGGAAUGCGGCCCUCACAGUGGACGACCUGGCCAAAAAACUGGCAGCAGCUGAAGGUGCGGAGCCUCGCUUUAUGAGGCAGGAGGAGGAGAGCAGUGAGGAGGAAGAGGAGCUGACUCCAGAGGAGCAGGCCAAGAAGAAGCAGUUUGAGAUGAUGAGGAAGAUGCAUUACAACGAAGGCCUCAACAUUAAACUGGCCAGACAGCUGAUCGCCAGCGAGCUGGAAGAGGAAGAAGAUGAGGAUGAGGAGAUGAGGGACGACACAGAGACAGAAGAUAUCAACGUAGACCCCCCUCAAGAAGCAGAUUCCUUGGAUUCGUAAACAGCGACAUCGCUUCACCUGCAGCUCCUGCCUCGGCUCGUGACCCGUCGGCGGUGCGCGUGCUGCCUCACGAUCGCGGAGGACACUGCUUCAGGACCCGCUCCCACCAACCUCCUGUAAUCUACAAGCAAUGCAAAUCCAUAUCAACCUGCUGGUUGCUCCCUCUGUUGCCAAGAGUGUGUUUGUCUUACUGUCGUCACGCAAAACAAACAGCGAGGCCUAAAGACUGCUAUCGAACACUUGGGUUCAUCAGAAAGGACUCCACCCUCUCUCGGGCAGACUGAAAAAGGCUGAAAAGGAGAGGAGUGCUUCCGCCCGCAGCUCCUGCUCCUCUGCUCCUGUUCGUGACCGCAGCAGCGAGCCACUGCUUUCCCCAGCUGUUCUCCUCAGCCCGAGUGAGGCUGUUCAUUUGAGGGUCGAUGUGUGACGUCCUCCAUUGAAAAGCCACUAAGCGCCCGUUCUAGUAGUGCUAAUAAUGCUAGUAGUACUAUUAAAGCCCUGUGUAUACUUGCUGUUGCACUGACCCUGACCAUAUGCCCGUAGACAGCAGUCAGUACGUGUUUAGCUUCGAAGGGGAACUUCACCAAUGCUUCAGAAUUUCUUAUUAAUUCAGUGGUUGAUGUAAAAAAGGUCAGGUCUGAAACUUAAAUUUACUGAUGUUUGACUUUACAGUGGUGGUGAUGGGAACCAGGGGUCGUGAUUUCUGUAACAAUGUCUAUAGCCAUUUUACUCACUAGCCAUAAUCACCAGUUAACCCUAGGCUACGUGUGUCUUAGAGAUUUUUAUAUGCAAUAUUGGAAAGGGUAAAAUAGGGAAAAUACAUUUUCUUUUGGUACUAUUUUGCCUUACAACGCCGUGCGUGUACCCUCCACUGUGAAUACUUUUUAGGCAAAAAGCUUAAACCAUCAUAAAACAAGGUUAAAUCAUCAGACUGGAUAUUCAGAAUCAUUUCAUUUGAGAAUUUUCUGAGAGGGAGCUUUGAAAGGCAUUUAACUCUUUCAGACGUCUGGUUCCCAUCACCACCACUGUCAAUUCUGGUUUAUUAGAACGAAGCAUUUCACAUUAAACCACUCUUAAUGACUUUGUUUGCAUUGUUCUGAUUGGCUUGUGCAGAAAUUUUGAAGAGUUGGUGGACUUCCCCUUUAAGUUUAGCAACCCACACCUGCACGCCUUUAGUGGGUUUGUUUAUUCUCUACACUUGACACUAAUGACCAGCCUGUAUCACGAUUUUUUCAUCAUUGAUAUUGAUUAAUUUCAGCUGAUUCUGCUUUUGGCGUGGAGCUUCAGAGUCAAACGUAGCCUAUUCUCUUACAAAUGAAGGUGCCGAAAGGGGUUCUUUGGAGCGAUGCCGCGAGAGAACCACUUCUGGUUCACUAAAGAACCUUUCCAAGGGUGGUUCUCGUAAGAUUUCUGAGACUGAAGAAGUUUAAAGGGCCCAUAUCACUGGAAAACUGAACUUGCCUAGCUUUGCUUGUUUAGUUUCACUAUCUAGUCAAUACAGUUCAUAUAUGGAAACUUACCUGCCUAAAACUGCCCAUUUCGAACUCACUCAUUUUGUGAUGUCACAAAAACAAACAUGCAUUUGCAUAUAUCCGCCUGUUCAGGCUACAACAGUUUAGCCCCGCCUGUUCACCCAGACGUUAGAGGGAGUGUAAGUUCGUUUUGAGGCACAUCCAAGCAGAACAGAGCUUCAGUCUAAAGAGCACAGUAACCAGAACAGCCUGUUUAAGUUGUAGGGAUGAAGUGAGGUUGGAAAAUGGUCGAGAAAAAAUGAGGUAUGACUGUUUUUAGUACAUAAUUCCAUAGAAGCGUUGAGUGGACCUCAGGGGAUAAAAUAAAAUACAAGCAAAAUGUAGCAUAUGGGCCCUUUAAUGCACCUCCACAGAAUGUAGAGGCUCUAUACUGGUUAAAGGUGUUUUCCUAGAACCAUACACCCAUGCCAAGAACCAUUUAGGAACCUUUACUUAAAGAGCGUAGCUACGUUACGCCUCUCAGGCUGACUUGAGCAGGUUUGCACAGUGGAUCAGUGUUUAUGAAGCGCCGACUGCUGCUAACUGUCACUGGCUGUCAGGCUGUGGCUCAGAGGCUUAGCAGGUGUUAUUUUCCCUCUAUAUGAGUUAUUAUAUUUAGUUUCUAAGUUAUACCCAUUCAAAACAAAGUGCUUGAGAGUCUCGAGAUGUCUAGAAAAGAACAAAAACAAAAAAAUCUUUGGAAUUUUGCCACCCAAACGUUUGCUAACGGGGACCUGAGGCUGCUGCCCUCUAGUGGCUGGAAGUGAAAAUGUUCGUUUGAGCUCUACUGUAUGCAUGGCUUCCUAAAUCCAUGUUUUGUAUUACUUGAGCAGUCACAACUACGCCCAGCAUCCUAUGAAUUUAACGGUGAGUAUUUCGUAAUUUAUUACCAAACGAAACUGUGUGAACUACUGAAGAGCUGUACUGAAUCCUUUCCGUGUUGACGUCAUUUGUUCCUUUUUCCCUAAAAAAAAAAGAAACGAGGAGGAUAAAAGAGCGAUUUGCUGAUUAA